UCUUAUCUUUCUUCCAUGUCUUAUACUGAACUGACAAACACGAGAGAGAGAGAGAGAGAGAGAGAGAAAUCAGUUGCAAGACUUCACUGGCACACUUUAAAAAGUUAAAAACAUUGUUACCUUUGUUGUUGUUCAGUAUCUAACAUAAAAAGCUUAUUUUUCGACUGAUAUUUUACUCCGAUGUGUAAAUGAGCUGAGAGACAUUUGACGGUCUCUGUGUGCCGAGAACAUUUUACAUGGAUGAUACACAGUCUGGGUCUUAAAGAUGGAAACUUUACCAAAACAAACUCAGGGGGUCGUCGUUGUCAUCGGCAUUGACGAUGGAGGAAGAGAAGAAGGGCAAGCAAACCAGACAGACAACGAGGAAAACAGAAGAAGGUGUUCCUCGUCUUGUUUGAAUGAAGCAAAAUCUAGGACGAUCAAUGAGAGGGGAUCUUCGGUUUCGUCAGAGGAAGUGGAUCUGGAGGCUGGAACCAAGCUGCAUUUGGAAAACGUGGAGAGAGAUUGCAGGAUUUGCCAUCUCAGCUUGGACCCCAUUAAUCAAGAAUGCGAUUUGCCUAUAGAGUUGGGAUGUUCUUGUAAAGAUGAUUUGGCUGCUGCCCAUAAACAGUGUGCCGAGGCCUGGUUCAAAAUAAAGGGAAACAGAAUUUGUGAGAUUUGUGGAUCAACUGCUUCGAAUGUUGCUGGUCCGAACGAGACGGAGAUGACAGAACAAUGGAACGAUUCAAAUGAUUCUGCAGCAGCUCCUGCUGCAAUUCGUGGCACGGAAUUGAGAAACUUGUGGCAGGGCCAUCGGUUUCUGAAUUUGCUACUAGCUUGUAUGGUCUUUGCCUUUGUAAUCUCUUGGCUCUUUCACUUCGACAUACCAUCGUGAUAGCUUGUAGCGAAAGGGUCGUUUUUGUUUUAGAUGGUGAUGAUGAUCAAGAAGUGGACUGAUGUCUCUUGAUUUAUGAUUGCAAUCCAUAUCUCACACAAGCUAUAAUUAUUCCUUAAUCAGCAUGUUGUUUACAUUACUAUCUACGGCUUCAGUAACUUUUGUAACGAUUUAUGUUUGUUUUUUUUUGUGGGAUUUAG